AGGGAUUUGGCAUUUUGAGCAUUUGAUAUUAAGAAGAAAAUUACAAAGACAAAGAGAUAUGGCCACAAAAACCCAACAUUUUGGUCCCUCAUCAACAUUCAUCACUCUAUUUUUAGUAUUGCUCCUCCACAUUCAUUAUGCAAAAAGUGAUCUAAGGUUAAAUUACUACUCAGAGAGUUGUCCAAGAGCUGAAGAAAUCAUUAAAGAACAAGUAAACAAGUUGUACCACAAGCAUGGGAAUACUGCAGUUUCUUGGAUAAGAAAUCUAUUUCAUGAUUGCAUGGUUAAGUCAUGUGAUGCAUCAAUAUUGUUGGACAAAACAAAGGAACAAACAUCAGAGAAGACAUCUCAAAGAAACUUUGGGAUGAGAAAUUUCAAGUAUAUUGAGACUAUCAAAGAGGCUCUUGAGAAUGAAUGUCCAAAUAUUGUCUCUUGUGCGGAUAUUGUCGCUCUUGCGGCUAGGGAUGGUAUCGUUAUGUUAGGAGGGCCACAAAUUGAAAUGAAGACAGGCAGAUGGGACAGCAAAGAUAGUUACUUAGCAGAAGUUGAGAGUUUCAUUCCAAAUCACAAUGAUUCAAUGUCUUUAGUUCUUUCUCGAUUUAAUUCCGUUGGUGUUGAUACUCAAGGAACUGUUGCUCUACUAGGGGCCCACACGGUCGGACGAGUUCAUUGUGUAAACAUAGUCCAUAGACUCUACCCAACGGUUGACCCGACUCUUGAUCCGGACUUUGCAAAGUACUUGAAAACCCGAUGUCCAUCAGCAGAACCCGACCCGAAAGCAGUUGAAUAUGCUAGAAAUGACCAUGUAAAUCCAAUGGUGUGGGACAAUUUGUACUACAAAAACAUUAUGAGCAACAAAGGAUUAUUAAUUGUGGACCAACAAUUAGUGUCUGAUCCAACAACUUAUCCAUUUGUUGAGAAAUUUGCUGCUAAUAAUUCUUAUUUUAAUGAUCAAUUUGCCAAAUCUUUCAUUAUUUUGUCGGAAAAUAAUCCACUUAGUGGUGAUCAAGGGGAGAUUAGAAAGGUAUGUCGCCAUGUUAACAAGUGAUUAAUUAAUUAGUGUUUUUUAGUUAAUUAAAAGUACUUUUUAUUUGUCUUGUUGGUAUGUCACUACCAAAUCAAAAAUGUGCCUACGUUGUAAUGUAUGUGCACAUAAUUGCAUUUU